AUGGCCUUGCCAGCAGGUGCCGAACACAGUACUCAUGCAUGGCGAACCUUACUAGAAAAAUCACGUUCUAAGUUAGUUAACUUCACAAAGGUGGUAAUAAAACUCGGAAAAGAUGACCCCAGAAGGGUUAUUCACUCCUUUAAGGUGGGAUUGGCCCUAGUUUUGAUCUCUAUCUUGCAACAUCUUCGCCCCUCCUUCUAUGCUUUUGGUGACAACAUUAUGUGGGCGGUUCUCACCGUUGUUCUUGUCCUUGAAUUUUCUGUUGGUGCAACACUCGGAAAAGGUUUAAAUAGGGUGUUGGCAACGGGGUUAGCUGGUGCUUUGGGUGUUGGGAUUCGUAGAAUAGCUAGUUUUUCUGGGGAUAAAGGAAAGGCUGUACUCACUUCAAUCUCUGUCUUUUUCAUAGCUGGAACAGUGACGUAUAUGAGAUUUUACCCGCGAAUGAAGGCGAGAUAUGAUUAUGGAAUGAUUAUAUUCAUAUUGACCUUCUGCUUAGUUACUCUUUCGGAUAAUACAGAGAAUGAACUAUUAAAAGUUGCUCAAGAGAGGCUAUUAACAAUCAUCAUUGGGAGCUGUAUAGCUAUUAUGGUAUGUAUUUGCAUAUGCCCUGUUUGGAUUGGACAGGAUCUCCAUAAUCAAAUGGCUGUCAGUAUGGACAAACUCGCGGACUUUUUGAAAGGAUUUGGAGAUGAAUACUUCAACAAUUUAGAGAAUGCAACAGAAGGUAUGAGUGAUAAGCCAUUUCUCCACAGAUAUGAAAGUGUCCUCUCUUCAAAAAGCAGUGAAGAAACAAUGGCUGUUUUGGCAAGAUGGGAACCUUGCCAUGGCCGGUUCAGAUUUCGUCACCCAUGGAAGCAAUACUUAAAGAUUGGGAACCAAAUACGGUUGUGUGGUUACAAAUUUAAAGCUCUUAGUGUCUUCCUUCUUCGCUCUGACCAAACCCCAUAUGAAUUUCGAAGCAGGAUUCAAGAGUCAUGCACAAAUAUCAGCAUGGAAUCUGGUAAAGCCCUCAAAGAAUCAUCAUUGAUGCUCAAACACAUGGCGAAAUCAUCAAUGCCGAAUUCCCAUGUUGCAAAUGCUAAAAAUGCUGCUGAAUCUCUUAAAUCCGUUCUAAGAACAAACCCGUGGGAAGGUGCUGAUCAUCUAGAGAUAAUACCAGCAGCUACGGUGGCAUCACUUCUAAUUGAUGUUGUGGUUUGCGUUGACAAUAUUUGUGAAGCCGUUGACGAACUAGCAACCCUAGCAGACUUUGUGCCUUCUGAUGAGUUGCUUCAUCGAGGAACAGUGCAGCCAAUUUCUGAUCAUGAUGCUUCGGUUCAUGUCAUCAACGUUGCUGAUGCUGAGUGA